UUUUAGACGCGUUACGUGACGUUACGUGGGUGUACGGGCUCCGAAGUUUUCCGAAACAGAAAGUGACCUCAUAAUUCGAAAACAGUGCUAUCUCUAAACGCAGCUUACGAAAAGUCCAAACCCAUGAUAAUCCUAAACGCAGCUAUUUAAACUGCUUUGUUCCCCAUAAAGUAUUCAUUCUUCGCGUGAUCAGCUAAUUUAUAUAUAGUCCGUAUGAGCUAUUUAUGCCUUUAAGAUAUUGUCAAGCGAACUGUAAUUAAAAUUGUUAAUUGCUUGUGAAAGAUUUUAAUAAGCACUCUACGCUGACCUUGAAAGUGUGUUAAAUAUCAACUUUAUAUAGUACAUAUAUAGAUCGCAUUGCAUGAUAAACGAAUAUGUGGCAUUGUCUUUUUAUCAUAUGCUCCACACUGUGGAGCACGGGUCUUGCUAAUCCUCAACUCAAUUUGCCCACACCACAGCCGGAGAUUUUCUACAAUGGCUACACGCCCAAUGUGGCAACGACUCCCGCCCAGCUGAGAGCAGAUCGCGAUCGCAGUCAGCGCUAUGGACCGCCCUAUGCGGAGAGUGAAGGCGGGACCAGCGUCGAUGAUGGGCUGGAUGACUUUAGGUACGGUCAGACCUAUGAUGAGCGCAUGCGAUUGGGGUACGCCUAUCCCACACCUCGAUUGAAUUUCAGUGAUCGCGUCGAUGAUUCACCCUUCAGUGCGGAUCAGCAGGGGAAUCGUGGUCAAGAUAAUCGCUAUGCGAAUCACAAUUAUGGACCAACAUCGAGCAGCACCGAGCGCAACUAUGGCAACUUUAACGAUCAGCCGAAUUACAAUGUUUAUAAUCCCAAUCCAAAUGCUAAUGCCAACUACAACAAUCUGAAUGAUCCAUAUGUGAAUAAUGGCAAUGUGGAAUUUGUGGGCAACGAUCGCAAUCGCUUUCAGAGUCCCUAUCAAUCCAAUCAGGAUCGCUUCAACUUGAAUCAGGGCUAUCAGGAACGUCAGCGCUAUCAGCAGGAUCGUCGUUAUCAGCAGGAGCUGGAAAAGUUACGCAAUUUGCUAGUCGAAACGGAUCAAAAGGGUUCGCUCGAGUGCACCGCCAAUGUGGCGGCUCAAUGGAAUUUCGAGACGAACGUCAAUGACUAUACGCAAACGGAAGCGCUCAACGCUCAACAGCGCUAUGUGGAGUACCAGCGCAUUACGGCCGAGCAAUCGAAGCGUAUUAACAAGGAUCUCAUAUUUGAUCGUCGUUUAUAUAGACAGCUAAUGCUGCAAUCUGAAGUGGGACCCAAUUCGCUAUCGCUGGACGUUUUGGACAGAUACAAUCGCUUAUUGAACGAAAUGCUCUUCCUGUACAACGAUGCCAGCAUUUGCGCUUAUCAGCAGCCAUUUCAAUGCGAUUUGCAUUAUAUACCCCAUCUCAAGGAUAUUAUGGCUAAGAGCAGGGAUUGGGAUGAACUGCAGCAUACCUGGGUGGAGUAUCAUCGCAAGGCGGGCCGUGGCAUGCGCGAUAACUACGAGCAAUUGAUUGAUGUGAUGCAGGAUGUGGCAGCUGCAAAUAAUGUCAGCAAUGGCGGCGAGUAUUGGUUCUUGGCCUACGAAUCGGGCAAUUUCCGUCAGGAUAUGGACAUCGUUUGGGAGCAGAUACGUCCGCUCUAUGAAAGUCUGCAUUCGUAUGUGCGUCGCAAGCUGAGGGAUUACUAUGGACCGGAUCGUAUCAAUCGUAUUGCACCCAUACCCUCGCAUAUAUUGGGCAAUAUGUACGGUCAGUCGUGGUCGAAUGUGCUGGACAUAUUGAUACCGUAUCCGGGUCGCAAGCUCAUCGAUGUCACGCCACGCAUGGUGGAGCAGGGCUAUACGCCGUUGUUGAUGUUUCAGCUAGCCGAGGAGUUCUUCACGUCCAUCAAUAUGUCAGCUGUGGGACCGGAAUUCUAUAGGAAUUCACUGUUUGAGCAGCCGCUCGAUAGGCGUGUCCUAUGCGAGCCAUCCGCCUGGGAUUUCUGCAAUCGUCACGAUUUUCGUGUUAAGAUGUGCACGGACAUCAAUCAACGGAGCUUGGUUAGUGUGCAUCAUGAGAUGGCGCAUAUACAAUAUUUUCUGCAGUAUCGCCAUCUGCCCAAAGUCUUUCGCAAUGGCGCCAAUCCGGCUUUCCACCAGGCUGUGGGCGAUGCAAUCGGCUUGUCCGUCUCCACGCCAAAGCAUUUGCAAACUUUGGGUCUGCUGCAGCGAUCGCUGGACGAGUCGAGCUAUGACAUUAAUUAUCUAUUUACCAUGGCUAUUGACAAAGUGGCCUUUCUGCCCUUUGCCUUGUCUUUGGACAAUUGGCGCUACGAUGUGUUUAGCGGCAAUGCGAAUAAACGCGUCAUGAAUUGCCAUUAUUGGAAUUUACGCGAAAAAUAUUCUGGCAUAAAGCCGCCUGUUUUGCGCUCUGAAAUGGAUUUCGAUGUGGGUGCGAAAUACCAUAUACCUGCAAAUAUACCAUACAUAAAAUACUUUUUCUCCACGGUGCUGCAGUUUCAGCUAUAUCGCAGCAUGUGCCGUGCCGCCGGCCAAUAUGUGCCCAACGAUCCGCGAAAGCCGCUCCACAAAUGCGACAUCUAUCGGCAGCCAGCCGCGGGCAAUCUAUUAAAGCAACUGAUGGCCAAGGGCGCCUCCCAGCCCUGGCAAGAGGUUCUACAGGAAACCCUAGGCGAGGGUCGUCUGGAUGGCAGUGCUCUACGGGAAUACUUUGCACCGCUCGAGGAAUGGCUACGCCAGGAGGCGUUGCGCACCAACGAGUAUGUGGGCUGGAAUUACGAUGGGGAUUACUGCAAGCGCAGCAUCGAGACAGCCGGACUCCAGAUCUUUGGUGGCUAUUACAAUGCUGCAGCGAGUCCUCUGUUCAGUCUGGUGUUACUUGGCCUAAGCAGCUGGCUGAGCUAUUCUCUAAUAUAAGAGAGCAUAGCAUGUCUGUAAAAUAUAUAAAUGUGAAUAUAUAUAAAUAUACAUAUAUGUUGAUUUCCGCUUUAAGUCAAGUCAACUCGAGUUGAACUUGAAACAAAGCCAAAAACAAUAAAAAUGUUAAUGAAUGCAAAACGAAAA